AAUAUUUGAAAUACAAAUGAACUCCAACUCUGAUUAGUAAGAAUUCUUUUAUAAUUUCUUUAGUCAUUUCCUAUUCAAAGUUUUAUUGAUUGGAAAUUCCGGUGUCGGCAAAUCGUGUAUGCUUAUGCGUUAUUCUGUAUUAUAUACUCUCAUUAUUUUUAGGAAAAUCAAUUCACAAACAACUUCUAUAACACAAUAGGAGUGGACUUCAAAACAAAGACAAUUGCUUUGGGAGAACACAAUGUUAAAUUACAAAUUGUAAAUCAUUAUUUCAUUUUAGUGGGAUACUGCAGGUUAAGAUAGAUUUAGAACUAUUACAUGUAGUUAUUAUAGAGGAGCUCAAGGAAUCAUUAUUGUAUAUGAUAUCACUGAUAGAGAGUCCUUUGAAAAUGUUAAAACAUGGAUGGCAGAAAUUGAUAAGUAAUUUAAUCUAAAAUAUUUGAGAUAUGCUUCUGAAUCAGUAAAUAGAUUAUUAGUUGGUAAUAAAGCAGAUAUUACUGAGAGAAGAGAAGUGUCUUAUGAAGAAGGAUUAGAAUUAUGUAAUAAUUUCUUUUUAUAAUUAUAAUUUUAGCUAGACUCUAUUAAAUUCCCUUUUAUGAAACAAGCGCAAAAUCUUCAAUUAAUAUUGAAGCUGGCUUUACUCACAUUACUAAAAAUAUACUAAAUCGAGAACUUCAUAAUACUAGAGCUGUGGUCAGAAAAACAUCUAAUCUUAGACUUUAAAAUAGAUAAUAACAAUAAUAAUAAGAAAAGAAAAAGUAAGAAGAUCUAUGCUGCUGA